AUGGCUAAAACCACAAUUCUUGCUAUCUUUAUGAUUGUUCUCGUUCUAGGGAUGACGAUGAAGGAAACACAAGGACUAGAAGAUUGCCAUGAAUACUAUACAGAAACUGGCAUUUGUGAACAUAAUCAGUGUGCUGCUCAAUGUUCUUCAAAGAGGAAUGGAACAGGGAGGUGUGUAGUAGGGACCAAAAGCUGCCUCUGCAGUUAUAAUUGCAAAUUUUGA